GAAGAAGAGAGAAAUAAGAGAGAGAAUGGAAAAAAGCAAGAGAGAAGAAAAACGCGUUUUCGUCUCGAAAUAACACAGUUGAGUCUUCUAUCUCUCUCCUCUCUCUUUCCUUUCCACUUUCUCUCUCUUUCUCUGACCAUCUCAAGGACCAAAAUUAGGGUUAGGGUUUUCGAAAACCCUUAACUCUUUCUUCUACAAUUUCAGGAGAGAGAGGGUUCUGGGGAGGUGUUGUUGAUCGAUUCCUUGGGUUUUGAAGACCCUUUUAAGGGUUUCAGGGCAUGGGUUGUUCUUCUUCUUCUUCUUCGUCGUCCUCGUUGGUGAUCAAAUGGCAGCUUUUGCACAGAUUAGCUUCUCCGUUGCUGUUACUGAACCUCCUCUUGCUCUCUUGCUUCUUCGCCGCCUCUCGGAGCGGCGUCGUCUCAGCCGUCUCGGCCGAUUCCGACAAAUCGGCUCUGCUUCAGUUCAAGAACUCCGUCUCGGACUCGUUCGGCUUGCUCUCGAGCUGGAAUGCGAUCGGCUCCAAUCACUGCUCGUGGCUCGGCGUCUCCUGCGACUCCAAUUCCCGCGUGAUUUCGCUCAACAUUACCGGUAACGGCGGCGGCGGAGGUAAUCCGAAUUUGAACUUUUCUUCGUGUUUCGAUUUUUCCGAGUUUCCGCUUUACGGAUUGGGAAUCAGGAGGAAUUGUUUGGGUAGCAGAGGAAAACUGGUCGGUAAGCUUUCGCCUUUGAUUGGGAAGCUCAGCGAGCUUCGAGUUCUGUCUCUCCCUUUCAAUGGUCUUGGCGGUGAAAUCCCAAGAGAGAUUUGGGGCUUGGAUAACUUAGAGGUUCUUGAUCUAGAGGGGAAUUCGAUUAGCGGGAAGCUUCCGCUUCAGUUCAAUAAGAAUUUGCGGGUUCUUAAUCUCGGAUUCAACAAGAUUGAGGGUGAGAUACCGAGCUCGUUGUCGAAUUCUGUUCGUUUAGAGAUCUUGAAUUUAGCUGGGAACCGUCUGAACGGGACUGUUCCGUCGUUCGUUGGUAGGUUGAGAGGAGUUUACUUGUCUUACAAUUGGUUUGGUGGGGCCAUUCCGAGUGAGAUUGGGGAGAAUUGUGGAAAGCUUGAGCAUCUGGACUUGUCUGGUAAUUUCUUGGUUGAUGGAAUUCCUGCCACUUUGGGCAAUUGCGGCGAGCUGAGAACGCUUUUGUUGUAUUCCAACAUGAUGGAAGAGAGCAUUCCUAUUGAGAUCGGAAGGCUUUCGAAGCUGGAAGUGUUUGAUGUCUCGCGAAACACACUCAGCGGUUCGAUACCGCGUCAGCUUGGGAAUUGUACUCAGUUGUCUGUCAUUGUGCUUUCUAAUCUGUUCAAUCCAGUUCCAAAAGUCAAUUAUACAGAAGACAACCCUCCGUUGGAGGAAUUGAGUUCUAUGUACGAUGACUUCAAUUACUUUCAAGGCUCGAUCCCUGAGGAAAUCACGUCCCUUCCUAGGCUGAGGAUACUGUGGUCGCCGAGGGCGACUUUGGAUGGUCAGUUUCCGAGUAAUUGGGGUGCUUGUGCCAAUAUGGAGAUGAUCAAUUUAGCUCAGAAUUUGUUCACUGGGGAAAUUCCCGCCACGCUUAGUCGUUGCAAGAAGCUGCGGUUUCUUGACAUCAGCUCAAACAAGCUUACAGGUGAGCUUGUAAAUGAACUUCCGGUUCCAUGUAUGACUAUGUUUGAUGUCAGUGGGAAUAUUUUGUCUGGUUCUGUUCCUGAAUUCAAUAAGAGCGCUUGUCCUUCCAUUCCAUCAUUGGAUAAGUACUUUUCUGAACUUGACAAUCCGUGGUCACCCUAUCAAGCUUUCUUUGCAUCUAAAGCUGAAGUUGGAAACUCUUUGCAGCUUAACAAAAAAGAUGGUGGGCUGGUUGUAAUUCACAACUUCGGGCAAAAUAAUUUUACUGGCAAUUUGCCGACGAUUCCAAUAGCACCUGAAAGCUUAGGGAAGCAAACUGUCUAUGCAUUUCUUGCGGGAGAAAACAAGUUCGUUGAUGCGUUCCCAGGCAAUCUGUUUGAGAAGUGUGGAGGGUUGGAUGCUUUGAUUGUUAAUAUUAGCAACAACAAGUUAUCUGGUCAGAUUCCCGCAGAAAUUGGAAAAAUGUGCAGAUCUCUUCAGUUCUUGGAUGCAUCUCAGAAUCAGAUUUCGGGGCCUAUUCCCUCUAGUGUUGGAGACUUUGUGUCUCUUGUUUCCCUUAACUUGAGUUGGAACUUGUUGCAAGGUGAGAUACCAACCAGUCUUGGCCAGAUAAAGGAGAUGAUGAAGUAUCUUUCAUUGGCUGGUAAUAACCUUACCAGCUUGAUUCCUUCGAGUCUGGGGCAACUACUCUCUUUAGAAGUGCUGGAUCUUUCUUCAAACUCUCUCGAUGGUGAGAUUCCAAAAGAUCUUGUGAACUUGAAAAACCUAACUGUUCUUCUGCUCGAUAAGAAUAAUCUCUCUGGCCAGAUUCCCUCAGGGUUGGCAAAUGUCACCACUCUCUCGACAUUUAAUGUUUCCUUCAAUAACUUGUCUGGGUCACUGCCAUCAAAUAGUAACUUGAUGAAAUGCAAUAGUGCUCUCGGGAACCCAUUCAUUCGGUCAUGCCGAAUGUAUACCCUUACAGAAUCAUCUACAGAAUCUCAGGGAAGAGGUGGCGACUCUCAACAAUAUGCUGCUUCACCAUCCGACGUUCCAUCUCAAGGCAGUGGAAACAGUGGCCUCAAUUCGAUUGAGAUUGCAUCUGUAACUUCUGCAUCAGCCAUAGUUUCAGUCCUUAUAGCAUUAGUCGUCUUAUUUAUCUAUACCCGCAAGUGGAAUUCGAAGUCUAAAGUUGGUGGGUCUACCAGGAAAGAAGUAACAGUUUUUACGGACAUUGGUGUUCCUUUGACCUUUGAUUGUGUUGUUCGGGCCACAGGAAAUUUUAACGCAAGCAACUGUAUUGGGAAUGGAGGUUUUGGUGCGACCUACAAAGCGGAGAUGUCCCCUGGCAUUUUGGUGGCAAUAAAACGUCUUGCAGUUGGAAGGUUCCAAGGAAUUCAACAGUUCCACGCAGAAAUUAAAACCCUUGGAAGGCUGCGCCACCCCAAUCUCGUCACUUUGAUUGGCUACCACGCAAGUGAAACAGAGAUGUUUCUUAUAUAUAAUUAUUUACCGGGCGGUAACUUGGAAAAGUUCAUCCAGGAAAGAUCCACCAGAGCUGUUGAUUGGAGGAUACUUCACAAGAUUGCUUUGGACAUUGCGCGUGCACUCGCCUACCUACAUGAUCAAUGCGUGCCAAGAGUCCUACACCGUGAUGUCAAGCCAAGCAAUAUUUUGUUGGAUGAUGAUUUCAAUGCUUAUCUCUCCGACUUUGGUUUGGCGAGGCUUCUGGGCACUUCAGAAACCCAUGCUACUACUGGUGUGGCUGGAACUUUUGGGUACGUUGCACCGGAAUAUGCAAUGACUUGCCGGGUGUCGGACAAGGCCGAUGUGUACAGUUAUGGUGUUGUACUUUUAGAGUUGCUCUCAGACAAGAAAGCUCUUGACCCCUCUUUCUCUUCGUAUGGCAAUGGCUUCAACAUUGUACAGUGGUCUUGUAUGCUCCUCCGGCAGGGCCGUGCAAAGGAGUUCUUUACAUCAGGGCUAUGGGAUGCAGGUCCACAUGAUGAUUUGGUUGAAGUUUUACACUUGGCAGUUGUCUGUACGGUUGAUUCUCUCUCUACCAGGCCUACAAUGAGGCAAGUUGUACGGCGGCUAAAGCAACUCCAACCGCCGUCAUGUUAGCCUUCCGAAAUGGCCUUUUUCUCUGAUUAACAUAGUAAUUUGUAGAAGAUGAUUAAGCGUCAAUUGUAAUAUUGUGCGUUUUUGCACUCUUGUCCUCUUUAGGUUCAGUUCUGAAAUUUGUAGUUAUUCCACUUGUACAUUGUAAUAUAGAAUGCUCCCAAUUUUUUGGAUGUCGUUUCCCGGGAUUAGAGGGGGCUCUCUGCCUGAUGAAUCUGCUGAAGAGUGCAGAUAUUUGUUUUCCCAGUCGUAUACGUGUAUAUCCAGUUUUAUUUGUUGUUAAAUAAAACCGUAGAAGUAGACAUUUUUCUCUUUCUUGAAAGA